CUGGACGGAGCCGGAGGGACCGCGCUGCCAGCUCUCAGCCCGAGGCCCUGGAGGCGAGAGAAGCCGGGGGCUCAACCCCCACACAUCCAGGCAUGACGUCAGCAUCAUUUGCAUCCAGCUGCCUCUACCUGUCCGCCCACCUGGGACCCUGCCUCGCCAGGCCCCAAGGCCAGAGGGUUGGGUGAGUGUGUAUAGGGAUGGGGACUGAACUCUGGUAUCCUUGGCUGGGGUGGGGGGGGGUUGUCACCCCAGGCUCUCUAGCCUCUUGGCUCAGCCUGGACCCCUCCCCAUCCAACCUCCACUCCAGUCCUUUUACAACUUCCUCUUCCUGCGAAAGAGGGGCGCUGUCCGGUGACCUCCACAGACUGAGACACGAUCGCCACGAAUGGAGACCCCUGGAAGCGCUCAGAAGCCAAGGCCCACCGGGGCUCACCGGAGGCCUGCAAGGAGACCCUGGACUGGGGCCGAAUCACAGCUUCCCGACAGAUCCCCUUCCCCAAGCCUAGGCUUUGGAAGGGAGCUGGGGGCUCCCCACCCCGUUCUGCAGGGGAGGGUUGUCAGUCUGGCGGCGUGUGCACUGGGGCCACCCCAAUCCCCGCCAGCUAUCCCCACAUCAUCCCCACCAAUAUCAGCAUCAUCACCACCACCACCACAAAAAAAAAAUUGGAUACAUUUUGAAUAAAGCGAUUCGGUUCCUUAUCCGGGGACUGGGUUGCUCCGUGUGAUUGGCCGGCGGAGUCACAUGGUGAAAGUAACUUUACAGGGUCGCUAGCUAGUAGGAGGGCUUUAUGGAGCAGAAAAACGACAAAGCGAGAAAAAUUAUUUUCCACUCCAGAAAUUAAUGAUCAUGAGCUCGUAUUUGAUGGACUCUAACUACAUCGAUCCGAAAUUUCCUCCAUGCGAAGAAUAUUCGCAAAAUAGCUACAUCCCUGAACACAGUCCGGAAUAUUACGGCCGGACCAGGGAAUCGGGAUUCCAGCAUCACCACCAGGAGCUGUACCCACCACCGCCUCCGCGCCCUAGCUACCCUGAGCGCCAGUAUAGCUGCACCAGCCUCCAGGGGCCGGGCAAUUCGCGAGGCCACGGGCCGGCCCAGGCGGGCCACCACCACCCCGAGAAAUCGCAGCCGCUCUGCGAACCGGCGCCUCUCUCAGGCGCCUCCGCCUCCCCGUCCCCAGCCCCGCCAGCCUGCAGCCAGCCAGCCCCCGACCAUCCCUCCAGCGCCGCCAGCAAGCAACCCAUAGUCUACCCAUGGAUGAAAAAAAUCCACGUUAGCACGGUGAACCCCAAUUAUAACGGAGGGGAACCCAAGCGCUCGAGGACAGCCUACACCCGGCAGCAAGUCCUGGAAUUAGAGAAAGAGUUUCAUUACAACCGCUACCUGACCCGGAGGAGAAGGAUCGAGAUCGCCCACUCGCUGUGCCUCUCUGAGAGGCAGAUCAAAAUCUGGUUCCAAAACCGUCGCAUGAAAUGGAAGAAAGACCACCGACUCCCAAACACCAAAGUCAGGUCAGCGCCCCCGGCCGGCGCUGCACCCAGCACCCUCUCAGCAGCCACCCCGGGCACUUCCGAAGACCACUCCCAGAGCGCCACGCCGCCGGAGCAGCCACGGGCAGAGGAUAUCACCAGGUUAUAA